CCCUUCGCGCCCUUCCUCCAAUCGGUGGGACGAAAGAAGGAAAUUGUCCCAUCUGAGCAAGUUAACCGUUGUGCUUGCUGUCCGUCUGAGGAAGAAGCGUAAUCAUUUGUAAGUCCGUGAAUGUGAAGGGGCGGUCUGAAGGCAGUGGCGGGUGUCGCAUUCUUACGUGUCCUCAUUUCGUGUAGAAGAAGCCGGUUGGCCGGUGGUGGAAAUUUAGAGUUUAGACAAGGUGUGGGAGGAGGAGCAAGAAUGUGUGAGAGCCAUUGUAGGAGGAUGGCGGACAGGGACAAGCGGCCCGUCUUACUCGCUCACGUCCAGACCGCUUUCAUGACGGACUCCUUCUACAGUAACUACACGGUGACACCGAAGGAACUGGGCAGAGGCAAAUUUGCUGUUGUUAAAAAAUGUAUAGAAAAAGCUACCGGGAAAGAAUAUGCAGCUAAGUUUCUGAAGAAAAGGCGUCGAGGUCUGGAUUGUAAAGCUGAUAUCAUACAUGAAAUUGCUGUACUUGAAAUGGCAAAGUCAAAUCCACGUGUGGUAGACCUGUAUGAGGUGUAUGAAACAACAAAUGAAAUUAUCCUCAUAUUAGAAUAUGCAGCUGGAGGAGAAGUCUUUAAUCUUUGUGUAGCUGACCGAGAUGAAGCUCCCUCAGAAAAGGAUGUGAUCAGACUUCUUCGACAGACCCUUGAAGGAGUAGUUUUUCUACACCAAAACAAUAUUGUACAUCUAGAUUUAAAGCCACAGAAUAUUUUAUUAACCAGCUCAUUGCCUUUGGGUGAUAUAAAGAUAGUUGAUUUUGGCUUGUCCAGGCGAGUUGACAAUGUUGGUGAAUUAAGAGAACUCACUGGAACACCAGAGUACAUUGCCCCUGAAAUCUUGAACUAUGAUCCAAUUUCCACAGAAACCGACAUGUGGAGCAUUGGAGUGUUGGUUUAUAUGCUGCUGACAGGAAAGUCUCCAUUUCAGGGUGAUGAUAAACAAGAGACUUUUCUUAAUAUCUCUCAAGUUAAUGUUGAUUAUUCAGAAGAAACAUUUGAAGGCAUCUCUAAAACUGCCAUUGGAUUUAUUCAGCAGCUUCUAGUCAAAAAACCUGAGGAACGAAAAAACGCUGAAGCAUGUCUUUUUCAUCCAUGGCUGCAAGCAGAAGAAUUGAUGAGUAAUCCUGUUUCUGAAAUUAUGCCAUGUGCUUCACAGUCAGAAGAAUGCUUUAAGUCUUUAGAAGAAAAUUCCAUACGAUCCCUCACAUUUGGUGUGUGCAGACAUUUGGAUAAAGAAAAUAUUUCUGAAGAAUCGACCAUCGUUCCCAAACGAUUCCGAUUUGAUGAUUCAUACAAAAGUUGCCAUGAAGCUACAGGGGAAUUGGUAUUCUGAAAUUGGAGUAUAGUUAGUUGUGAGAGAACUGCACUUUGGGAAAACUUCCCCUUUUUAUGUUGGGCUUGAUCACUUUAUAAAAGUGAUCCAGAUAUAUAUGACUCGUUAAGUUCAUAAAUGUUUUCUUGGUAAAUUUAAGCAGUGACCCGGUGGGGCAUUGAUAUGUUAGCACUUUCAAACUUUUUAAAAAAGUUACAUGGAGGCACACCAACUUUUUUGCACUUAUUGCGAUAGUAGAUACUCUAUGAAAUGGUUUAGAAUUAUGGCUAUUAAACUUAGGAUAAUGAGCAAAUUGAAAGUGAUGUCUUAAAUCGCUAUUUGAUUCAUUCCAUGUCAAAUGGUUCUGAUAGUAUCCAGGUAUGAACCUCCUUUUUAGGGCAGCUUGCAUAUACUGGAGAGCUGUAACUUGGGUCAGUGAUUAUAGUUCACAACUUAAAUAUAGUUAUUCAAGUAUUUUCACAGUUGCAACAACGGCAUGAAAAGGAUAAUUUGUUUGAAUAUGUUGUGAUUAUCUGAGAAAACCUGAUGCUUCAAUAUGAAAGCAGGUUGUUCAAACUUGCUCAAGUGGUAUGUUGCAAUUGUAGUUGCAGGUUGAAAAUUGUUCUUCCAAACAAUAAAAUUCAGUGUAAAAGACAAUGAUCCCCUGCAGUGAAAAUUGCUUUCUGUUCAAAAUCUUGCAUUCGUUAUAGUUGUUUUAGGAUUCAUUGCUGGUUGAUGACCUGGUAAAAAUCUGAUUCUUAAAGAUUUUUUAGUAUAAAUGUGCAUAAAUCUCAAAAAUAAACUCUGAACAAACCACUAUAAAAGUUCUGAACUGCUUCCAUGUGAUAAUGUGUCUAGGAUUUUUCCUACUUAUGUGCUCACUUAUUCCAAGAUUGUUUCAUUGUAGUGAAUAGGAGAAGAUUUUUGGGCUUUCAAAUGCAGAGAUGGAAAACUUUGGCCUCUAUCUAUUCAUAUAAUUUAGCGCAAACAAAUUUGGCAUUGUCCACAACAAUUUCAGAAGGAAAUCUUAAAAUUCAUAAAGGUAAUAACUGUUUUGCUGAUGUGAUUUGGGUGUGAUGAUUCUGCAUAUUAAAUUGAAGGAAUGUUAGGAGUAGUUGAAAAUAUUUGGAGCAAAUAUUUUUCUGCACUUCUACUUUAUAUGUGACAGUUAUCUUUUUUUCGAAUCAUAAGGCAACAGAUUUCACUUAUUGAAGGGGUAAUAGACGUGGAAGUGGUCUGUCACAAAUGAGAAUUGGGAAUCUUUGGGAAUAUAUAACCUACCUAUAUGUAGAGAAAUAUUUUAAUAGCUUCAUAGAGAUUAAUAUUUUAUGCUUUUAGAUAUAUUAAGUUUUGACUGGAUAACAAUGCAAGAGGUCUGAAUCCUAGCUUUAAAUGUAGAAUGCCUGGCUUAGGGCUACUAUGGAAGCCAUGGAAUCUUUAACCCAGUGAAGAUGAUAUUUUCCCUUGUGAAAGUUUAAAACUGUAAGGCUAUAUAUCUAAUUUUGAAACAUUCAUGUUAAUGUUUUGUAAUUUGAAAAUUAAAUCUGAUGAAAUAUAGCUUUCCAUGCUUGGAAAUCUCUUUAUUUUUUGACAUUUUGCAAAUUAUAAUAAAUUUAAUUUCUCAGGAA